AGUUGGAAUUAGCGAAGAAACAAAUGGAGACUGACAAAAAAGCCAUUGAAGACCUUAUUAGAGAGCGAGACAUCCUUAACAAGAAUCUCCUGAAAGCUGCAGGUGCCACCCAGAAACAGUUGCAUCUGGUGAAACUUCAUGAACAGUCUAAGAAAAAUUUGGAGCAGGAAAUUUCUAAUUACAAAGAGGAAGCUCAGAAGCAGCGUAAGAUCAUAUACCAGCUUGAAAAAGAAAGGGAUCGGUACAUCAAUGAGGCCAGUGACCUCACACAAAAGGUGUUACAGCAUAUGGAGGAUGUCAAAGUUCGAGAGAUGCAGAUCUUUGAUUACAAGAAGAAAAUUGCAGAAGCAGAGACUAAGCUGAAGCAACAACAAAACUUGUAUGAGGCAGUUCGUUCAGACAGGAACCUGUACAGCAAAAAUCUGAUUGAGUCACAGGAUGAAAUUACAGAAAUGAGACGUAAGCUUAAAAUCAUGACACAUCAGAUAGAACAGCUGAAGGAAGAGAUACAAGCUAAGGAAGCUUCCUUAGUUAAAGCAGCUCUUGACUGUCAAAAGGUUGAGAAGGAGAAAGACUCCCUCAAGGCUGAGCUUCAAACAAUGAAGCAGCAGGCAGUGACCGACAAGGCUUAUAUUGAGGCUCAAGAGGCUGAGCAGAGAAAAUUGAUGAAGAUAAUUACUGAAGCAGAUGCAGAGAGACUCCGACAGAAGAAGGAACUUGAUCAGGUAAUCAGUGAAAGAGACAUUCUUGGUACCCAACUAGUGAGACGAAAUGAUGAGCUUGCUCUCUUGUAUGAGAAAAUCAAAAUUCAGCAGUCUGUAUUAAACAAAGGAGAAAUUCAGUACAACCAGCGACUGGAGGAUAUCCGGCUUCUGAAAUUAGAGAUUAAGAAAUUGCGCCGAGAGAAAGCUGUUCUUCAGAAAAGUGUGGCAAAUAUUGAGGAUCUUAGACAUGAAGUCUAUCAUAUUCAAAGAGAGUUGCUUAGGGAAAGGACCAGAUGUAAGGCUUUGGAAGAAGAACUGGAGAAUCCAAUGAAUAUCCACCGCUGGAGAAAGCUGGAGGGAAGUGAUCCUUCUACAUAUGAAAUGAUACAGAAGAUUCAAACCCUCCAGAAGAGGCUGAUAAAAAAAACUGAGGAAGUUGUGGAGAAGGAGCUACUCAUUCAGGAAAAGGAAAAACUGUACCUGGAACUAAAGCACAUCCUGGCACGCCAACCAGGUCCUGAAGUUGCAGAACAACUAACUAUUUACCAGCAAACAUUGAAGGAAAAAGUGAAACAAAUGAAGGCUAUGGCCUCAGAACUAAAUAUGUAUGAGUCUCAAGUGUCAGAAUACAAAUAUGAGAUUGAGAGAAUUGCUAGAGAGUUGCAGGAAGUAAAAAAGAAGUACUUUAUGCAAAAGAAGAAGGAACAGCAAGCAAAGGAGCGUGAGAAAAUGUUGGGGCAGACAGGAAUACAACAGAUCAUGUCACAGAGAACAGAUGCGGCACGAUUCACUGGUGGAGGUUUCAACCUAAAAUCAGUCAAGACAGCAGCAUAA